AUGUUUGUUUCGUCAUACGACAACAUCCCUAAGGGGUCACCUCUGACUGGUUUCCUCGACUCUAUCCCUACCAAGUCUCGUCUUCCUGUUCCCACCAAGACCCCAUUCGCCCAAUGGAUACCAGACUUCAAGACUAACAGGCCACCACUGAAAGAGGUGUCAACCACAAAGGGAGACAAGAAGUUGAGGCCUGGUCACAGUCCCCCCCCAGCUAAUGUCAAGUUCCCUUCACCCACCGAUGCUGUGCGCCCAAGUCGUCUCCCUACAGCUAGUGUCUCCCACAUCACCGGCGCUUCUAUCCGUCCCUCUUCUCUUCCUGGCAGAAUCGGUGUUCAGACUAGCCAAUCUGACGAAGAAGCGUCUGCCCACUGCGAUGGUCUCCUUGUAUUUCUCAUCAUACUUCUUCUUCUAGGCGUCUUCAGUGGAUAUCUCCUUCUCAUGCAGUGUGCAGGAAGCCUUUUGAGGCGUAUUGGUCGAAGAUUUGGGUGGAAAUGGGUCAAGAGAUCCGACAGUGUAGAUCUCGAGAAUGCGAUCUAUCACUUGAAGGAUUGUCCAGGCGCAUUCGAAGAGCACCAUCUCGUCUUGCUCCGGGAGGUCUUGGCAGAUUACGGAGAUUCUUCGUAUGUUCGAGCAGGCGAAAAGGCUGCUGAAGAGGGCCGUCUGGAUUCGACCUACUGCUCAUCUCUCCCUGAACCUCGGUCUGCUCGUAUGGCCCCUGAACACUCCUUUCACUGCUCCUAG